AUGACAUUCCAUCCCGAUUCUCUCCCCGACCUCUCCGGCAAGACCUACAUCGUCACGGGCGGCAGCUCCGGUAUAGGCUACACCACCGUCGCUCGUCUCGCCCAGCACAAAGCCCACGUCUACAUGUGCGCCCGCUCCCCCAGCAACGCCACUGCCGCCAUCCAGCGCAUCCAGUCCCUCUACCCCAACGCACGCAUCACCUUCCUCGAGAUGGACCACCUCUCGCUGGCCUCCGUCGUCUCCGCCGCAGAGCGCUUCCUAUCCACGGAGCCCGCCCUACAUGGCCUCGUCAACAACGCCGGCAUCAUGGCCACCCCGUUCGAAAUGACCCCCGACGGCCACGAAGCCCAAUGGCAGACCAACUAUCUCGCCCACUGGGUCUUCACGGACCGCCUCCUGCCGCUCCUGCGCCGCAGCGCGCGAGCCCUGCUGCCUGGGAGUGUGCGUGUUGUCAACCUCUCCUCGUCGGGUCACUACGGGGCACCGACCGGCGGGGUGAACUUUGAGGACCCCGCGUUGAGAGACGCCAGUGGGAUGACGCGCUACGGGCAGUCGAAGUUGGCGAAUAUCUUGCAUGCGAAGACGCUGCAUCGGCAAUACGGGCCGGGUUCGGACAGUGCAAGCGCCGGGGAAGGGGAGGUUUGGUUGGCCAUCGUGCAUCCAGGGUUGGUGGAGAGUCGGCUGGGGGAGCGGGCGGAGUUUCCGGUGCUUUUGAGGAAGCUGUUUGAGAUCUACGGAGCACUUGGGGGUAGAGUGAAUGCUGAUACGGGGUCGUGGACGAGUCUGUUCUGCGUGGCGAGUCCGGCGAUGAAGAGGGAGCAGAGCGGGACGUAUUUUCAGAGGAUCGCGGAGGCCGGCUGGCAGAGUGGGAUGGCGAAGGAUACGGUGCUGGCGGAGAGAUUGGAGAAUUGGACGAGGGAGGUGAUGGCGAAGGAGGGUUGGGUUUGA